AUGGCUACAGCCGAAGGGCCCUCACGGGCGCACGAUCGCAACGGUCGCCGUCGCCCAUUCUCUAGCUGGAUGAAACGCCUCGCAAGCCUCAAAGGCUCCUCUGAAUCCGGCUCAAAUCGCUGGUCCAACAAACGUUACGGUUCCACCAAGGGGAAGAAGACCCAGGGCAACAACAACCCUUAUCCACUAUCUGGGAUCAAUCGGCCAACAAAUACAAAUGGUUCAUAUGAAAGCAGUGAGCGUAAUUGCCGAGAAUCUCACUCACGGAGCGACCCGUCUCUGGUGUAUUCGGGCUACGAGAACCAUGUUCCUGGGACGGGCGCGAAGUCAACAGCCCCCACUAUAUCAACAAUCGGGGACACUGCAAUCUCCGAAGCAGCCUAUUCCAAGGCGGGCACAAUGGCGACAAUAGGUGGAGGCAUUAGUACAAAUGGAGGAGGCGAGGGUAGCACCUUCUCCUCUCCGAACCCUUCGGUCCGGUCGUUGACCACUACCUUGACAACGGUCCAGUCGGCAGCACCCUCCACUCAGUUAUACCCUGCGCAGAAUGCUCCGAAUAGUCAGGCACAAGGACAUUCGACACAGAGCUCUGGAAACCAGCAGGUUCAAUUUUCCCAUCAAUUCCCAACUUCGUCCUCCCCCGCCACGGCUGUGCCCCCACAUCUCAUACCCCACAGUCAAUCCAUGACAUACUCUACGGCAACAGCGAAUAAUGUCUUGACCGAUAACGCAUCGAUCCUCACUCUGGCUAGCUCCUCAAAACGUCGACGUAGAAAUUCCCUCGAUACCAAUGCGUCGGUGCGUGCUCUGGCGCCGUCAUCGGUUUUCGGUGGAAGUCGCGAGAGCCUGCCACUGAGUGUGCUCAGUGGGAAUGUGGUCGAGCCGUCCAAUACCUCUGCUUUCAAUGCGCAGGGUGUCCUGAGCCGCCCCAGCAUUGUAGGACUCGCUAACGCCGAACGCAUCAGCGUCUACUCGUCCUCUGGUGUCAUACCUAUUGCGAACACCGCGGGCGAACGUGGGAGCUUCUAUACAAAGCCAAGCGCAACCGCAGGUGACGGAGCUAGCAUUCGCAGCGGUGCACCCUCGCAUGGUCGCAACGAUAGUACAGCUGCCAGCAUUACCGGAGUAGGCAGCCCGCUUGCCAUGGCAUCUGGCCGGGUCAGUCGCAGAAGCUCCGGAUGGGGAGAAAUCACUGGCGACGAAUCAGAAGAGAGACAAUCUGGCGACCGGAAUGACGAGAAACCAGCGCUGAAGCCUGACGAAAGCUUUCAAGAAGAGGCUAAGGAAUAA